AUGUUGAGCUGGGUACAGAAGGUGCUCCCUCAGCCUCCAGAGACGCCUCAGAAGGCCAAGAUGGAGGAGCAAGAUGAGGCAGAUCCAGAUAUGGAGCCAGAGCUGGAGCCAGAGCCAGAGCCAGAGCUGGAGCCGGAGCCGGAGCCAGAAGCAGAACCGGAGCCAGAGCCGGAGCCGGAGCUGGAGCCGGAGCAAGAGCCAGAGCCAGAAGCAGAGCUGGACCAGGAGACAGAGCCGGAGCAUGAAAUGGCCCCCGAGGAGGCUGAGCUAGAGAAUGAGCCCUUGCCACCCAAGGAGCCAUUCGUGGAGGAGGAAGUGGCCAGGGCUGGCCCACGCCCUGAGGAGACUCAGGAGGCCACCCCUACCCUGCUGACUUCCCUCCAAGCCCAGGUCGCUGUGGUUCCAGAAGUAAACAGUCCCAGCAGCUGGGUGCUGACCUGGCUCAGGAAAGGCAUGGAGAAGGUCGUCCCGCAGCCCGUCUACAGCAGCCGGGCAGCCCAGAAUGCCACUACUGGCUCGGAGGACCCUGCUCAGGCUGGAGCACGGAUGCUUGGGCACUGCAGCACUGGGCGCCCAGAGUAUGCAGAUGGACGCAGUGAGGCCCCCAGGGCCCAAGACACUGAGCCUGGGUCCUGGCUGCUUAGGUGGCUUGAGCAGAAUCUGGAGAAAGUGCUGCCUCAGCCCCUAAAAGCCUCCAAGGGCUGGAGAGACGAGCCUGCAGAUGUUGCCCGGGACCCAGAGCCCCCCGGAGCCCCCUUGGAAACGGAGCCCAUGCUGCAGGCCCCGGAGAUGCCUUCCCCGCCCACCCCCAGCCCCCAGGAACCCGAGGAGAAGCUGGCUUCAGAGCCCCAGCCAGGCCUCCAGGCCUCCUCCCUGCCGCCAGCUGGGGGCCCUGCCAGGCUGGUGGCAUGGCUCCUGCACAGGGUGGAGAAGGCCCUUCCGCAGCCGGUGCUCCAUGGAAAGGCCAGGGAGCAGGAGCCUGACUGCCCCGUGACGUGCGACAUGCAGACCAUCAGCAUCCUCCCCGGAGGGCCAGUGGAGCCUGAGCUUGUCCUUGAGGAGGUGGACUCUCACUGGGAGGAGGCGGAGCGAGAGGAAGGCAGCCCCAGCCCACAGGGUGCGGAGGCGGCUCCUGCUUGCCAAGAGGAGCACGGGGUCGUGGAGCAGAUGCCCAGGGAGCUGCUCUGGAUUGAAGAGGAGAAUGAAGAUGAGGAAGAGGAUGGAGAAGAAGAGGAAGAGGGGCAGGAGGAAGAGGAAGUGCUUGAUGUCCUGCUGGAUAGCUGUCUGGUGACAGAGGCAGAAGAGGAGCAGAGCGGAGUAGGUCGGACCCAGCACCAGAAGGCCUCACACCAGGAGCUGCAGGAGGAGGAGGUGGCCACCAGCUCAGGAGUGCCUGCCACGAAAGAGCACCCAGAGGUGCACGUGGAAGACGCUGAUGCAGACAGACUCCCACUCAUCGUGGAGGAAAAACCACCCUCGCCCGUCUCGCCGCCACCUUCUCCUGCCAAAUCUGACACCUUAACGGUCCUGGGCUCAGCAGUGGGGACCCACAGGAAGAAGCUGCCCUCCCAAGAGGAUGAGGCCGAAGAGCUCAAGGUGCUUUCUCCAGUAGAAUCCCCUGUGGUCGCCUGGUCAGACCCCCCCACCCCACAGGGGAUGGAUGACCAGGACCGCGCCGCCUCCUCGGCCAGCCAGAACAGUGCAAUUAUCAACAACCGGCUCCAGGAGCUGGUGAAGCUGUUCAAGGAGCGGACAGAGAAGGUCAAGGAGAAGCUCAUCGACCCAGAUGUCACCUCUGAUGAGGAGAGCCCCAAGCCCUCCCCAGCCAAGAAAGCCCCUGAGCCGGCCCCAGAGGUGAAGCCGGCUGACGCAGGGCAGGCAGAGGAAGAGCACUACUGUGAAAUGCUCUGCUGCAAGUUCAAACGCCGCCCCUGGAAGAAGUACCAGUUUCCCCAGAGCAUCGACCCGCUUACAAACCUGAUGUACAUCCUGUGGCUGUUCUUCGUGGUGAUGGCCUGGAACUGGAACUGCUGGCUGAUUCCCGUGCGCUGGGCCUUCCCCUACCAGAGGCCAGACAACGUGCAUCUCUGGCUGCUGAUGGAUUACCUGUGCGACCUCAUUUACCUCCUGGACAUCACCCUGUUCCAGCUGCGCCUGCAGUUUGUCAAAGGCGGGGACAUCAUUACGGACAAAAAGGAGAUGCGGAAGAACUACCUGAAGUCUCGCCGCUUCAAGAUGGACCUGCUCUGCCUCCUGCCCUUGGACUUUCUCUACCUGAAAUUCGGUGUGAACCCCCUCUUUCGCUUGCCCCGAUGUUUAAAGUACAUGGCCUUCUUUGAGUUUAACAACCGCCUGGAAGCCAUCCUCAGCAAAGCCUACGUUUACAGGGUUAUCAGGACCACAGCGUACCUGCUCUACAGUUUACACGUGAACUCAUGUCUGUAUUACUGGGCUUCGGCCUACCAGGGCCUCGGCUCCACUCACUGGGUUUACGAUGGCGUGGGAAACAGUUACAUUCGCUGUUACUACUGGGCUGUGAAGACCCUCAUUACCAUUGGAGGGCUGCCCGACCCGCAGACGCUCUUCGAAAUCGUCUUCCAGCUGCUGAACUACUUCACGGGUGUCUUCGCUUUCUCUGUGAUGAUCGGACAGAUGAGAGAUGUGGUCGGAGCUGCCACCGCGGGACAGACCUACUACCGUAGCUGCAUGGACAGCACCGUCAAGUACAUGAACUUCUACAAGAUCCCCAGGUCCGCGCAGAAUCGCGUCAAGACCUGGUACGAGUACACCUGGCACUCCCAAGGCAUGCUGGAUGAGUCAGAGCUGAUGGUGCAGCUUCCGGCCAAGAUGAGGCUGGACCUCGCCAUCGAUGUGAACUAUGACAUCGUCAGCAAAGUGGCCCUCUUCCAGGGCUGUGACCGGCAGAUGAUCUUUGACAUGCUGAAGAGGCUUCGCUCUGUUGUCUACCUGCCCAACGACUACGUGUGUAAGAAGGGGGAGAUCGGCCGUGAGAUGUACAUCAUCCAGGCGGGCCAGGUGCAGGUCUUGGGCGGCCCUGAUGGGAAGUCUGUGCUGGUGGUGCUGAAGGCUGGAUCCGUGUUUGGAGAAAUAAGCUUGCUGGCUGUUGGGGGCGGGAAUCGGCGCACGGCCAACGUGGUGGCCCACGGGUUUACCAACCUCUUCAUCCUGGAUAAGAAGGACCUGCAUGAAAUUUUGGUGCAUUAUCCUGAGUCUCAGAAGUUACUCCGGAAGAAGGCCAGGCGCAUGCUGAGAAACAACAAGCCCAAGGAGCAGAAGAGCGUGCUCAUCCUUCCCCCCAGGGCGGGCACCCCCAAGCUCUUCAAUGCUGCGCUAGCUGCUGCAGGAAAGCUGGGCGCCAAGGGGGCAAAAGGCGGCAAGCUUGCCCACCUCAGGGCUCGGCUCAAAGAACUGGCGGUGCUGGAGGCAGCGGCAAAACAGCAACAGUUGCUGGAACAGGGCAAGAGCGCGGAAGACGCCUCCGGAGAGGCGAGCUCGGCCAGCGGGGUGCAGCCUGCGGCCCCGGCUGAGGCUGUUCCGGAGCAGCCUGCGCCCCCCGAGCCCGCGCCUCUGGAUCCCCCGGCCCCGAGCUCUCCACCACCGGCCUCACCCGGGAAGCCCGACGGAGGCGCGGAGGAGGCGGCCGAGCCCGAGGAGCACUCGGUGCGGGUCCGCAUAAGCCCCGGCCCGGAGCCCAGCGAGCAGAUCCUGGCGGGGGAGAUCCCGGAGGAGAAGAAGGAGGAGGAGUGA